AACCCUCUGCUCAGCCUCACGGUCACGUGUGCAGUGACAACCUCAGUCCUGUGUGGUGCUGUGGAGUGUUAGAGUGAAUAGUGAGGUUUAAAACUUUAGUUAAAGCGUGUUUAUUUUUUAGAAGUUUAUGCGGCGGAUGUAGGGAGAUAAUCUGUCCGCCCGCGCGCGCCACUGUGUGUGUGUGUGUGUGUGUGUGUUUAUUAUGCACGUGGCCUUCCCCCGGUGCAGACAGAUUGCAUGUCGCCUGCUGAACUUUCCCCGUGUCUCCGCUGUUCUGACCUGGUGUAGAUCUGACAUGGCCACGGACGCGGGCAGGAACCGGAAACCGAAGCCGCCCAAGGACACGCUGCGGCACGUGCGCUCCAGAGAGAGCCGCAAGCACGCGGACCUGCACGGGCCGUCCACCGUGUACGUGCAGGCGGUGGGCGCGGGGGCGCGCGAGAACGGGGCGUCCCUGUACGUCUUCUCCGAGUACAACCGAUAUCUGUUUAACUGUGGAGAGGGAACACAGAGACUGAUGCAGGAACACAAACUGAGAGCUGCUCGCCUGGACAACAUCUUCCUGACUCGCAUGAGCUGGGACACUGUAGGAGGACUUUCAGGAAUGAUUCUCACGCUAAAGGACACUGGAGUCCCGGAGUGUGUGAUGUCCGGACCUCCACAGCUGGAGAAAUAUCUGAAUGCUAUCCGAGUGUUCUCCGGGCCUCUGGACGACAUCAGACUGUCUGUGAGACCGUACACCGAGCCCGAGUAUAAAGACGACACCAUGACCGUCAGCCAAGUGCCCUUAUUCGCCGAGCGGAGUUCAGAGCGGAUGAGGCGUGGCAGUGGUGGGAGUGGCAGUGGGCGUGGCCAGCGGAAGGAACUGUGGCAGAGAGACGAGUGUGAGGAGAGAGCGAGUGAUGGCUCAGAAAGCCCUGAACGCAGAGAGAGGAGCACGCGGGACCCCUCGCUGGUGGUGGCUUACGUGUGUAAGCUGCACCCGAAAAAAGGCAACUUCCUGGUGCACAAAGCCAAAGAGCUGGGACUUCCUGUAGGAACGGCGGCCAUCGGACCGCUCAUAUCCGCCUUAAAAGACGGGAAAAGCAUCACCUACGAAGGCAAGGAGAUCCAGCCAGAUGAAGUGUGCACUCCAGCCGAUCCGGGCCCUGUGUUCCUGGUGAUCGACUGUCCCUCUGAAGAGUUUGUUCAGCCGCUAUGCACCAAUCAGAUUCUCGGAAGGUAUCAGACUGGGGGUUCGGAGGGCGCCGCCCUGGUGGUGCACAUGACCCCGGAGUCGGUGCUGAAGACGCCGGAGUACCAGCGCUGGAUGGAGAGGUUCUCCUCCAGUACGGAGCACCUGAUCAUGAACGAGCAGGUCUCCACCAUCCACAACGUCCGCAGCCACAAGAUCCAAACGCAGCUGAACCUGAUCCACCCGGACAUCUUCCCCGAGCUGCAGCGCUACACCUCCAAGGAGUCUCAGGCUGCGCUGCAUGUGCCCAACAUCAGAGCGGAGUGUCUGCUCAAGUUCCAGCUCAGACCCAAAGCGGAGUGGCAGCGUGAUGCCAUCCCCACCUGUGACCGAGAGGAAUUCAUUAAGGAGGCGGCGGAGGUGCCAAAUUUCCUGCAGGAAGUGGAGGAGUGUAAACACUUCCAGACCACGGACUCCGCCGUUCUGUCCGGUAAGGUAGAGCGGUACCCUGAGGUGGUGUUUUUGGGCACAGGAUCAGCUCUGCCCAUGAAGAUCAGGAACGUCAGCGGCACUCUGGUUAAUAUCAGCUCCACCCAGUCUCUGCUGUUGGACUGUGGAGAAGGCACGUUUGGACAGUUGUGCCGUCAGUAUGGGAACGGCGUGGAUGAGAUGCUGGCCAAGUUGUCCACAGUGUUCGUGUCUCAUAUUCACGCUGAUCAUCACACGGGAUUAAUUAACCUGCUGCUGCAGAGAGAGCGAGCUCUGAGGAUGAUGGGUAAAGCCUUUACUCCUGUGUAUCUGGUAGCUCCUGCUCAGAUCAUGACGUGGCUCAAUCAGUACCACGAUCACUGCCAGGAGAUCCUCAGCCAUGUCAACUUCAUCCCUGCGAAGUAUCUGUGUGAGGGAGCUGAAAUGCCCAAGUUCAAGACCAAAUCCUUCAUUCAGGCUCUGCUUAAGAAGAACGACCUCGCUAAGUUUCAGACGUGUUUGGUGCGGCACUGUAAGAACGCAUACGCCUGCAGUUUGACCCAUCAGUCUGGCUGGCAGCUUGUCUUCUCUGGAGACACCAUGCCAUGUAACACACUCACACAGAUGGGAAAGAAUGCGACAUUGUUAAUCCAUGAGGCAACACUAGAGGACGGCAUGGAAGAGGAGGCCAUGGAGAAAAGACACAGUACGACGUCUCAGGCCAUCGGUAUUGGGAUGAGUAUGAACGCUGAGUUUAUCAUGUUGAACCACUUCAGUCAGAGAUACGCCAAGAUCCCGCUCUUCAGCUCCGACUUUAACCAGCGAGUGGGCAUCGCCUUCGACCACAUGAGAAUCCGGUUUGGAGAUUUCCGGGUUCUCCCGCGCCUCCUGGCACCUCUGAAGGCUCUGUUUGCUGAGGAGAUUGAGGAGAUGGAGGAGAGGAGAGGACGGAGAGAGCUUAGGGCGGGAAAGAGUGUAGGGGCGGAGUCUAAUGGCCAGCCUGGACAAGGGGGAGGGGCUAAGCGAGAGAAGGAGGAGCCUGACCAGGAAACGGCCUCCAAGCGGAUGAAGGCCAGCUGAAGAAUAAGAUUCAGCCAAUGGGAAAGAAGGAUGCUGUGGCUUUAGCCAAUAAGAGCUGGAUUAGUGAAGAUUCAGGCAAGAGAUUGAAUGAGGACGUGUAUUUUGAGUGAUGAUUAUGAUGGACUGAUCUGUAGUACGUUUAGUUUCCUGACUAAUUUAUAUUUUCUGUACCUCGCAUUGUGAUUAUUUAUGUAUAUAAAACAGACUGAACACUGAUUUUGUUUUUAUUUAAAAUAAUAAACACAUUUAUCUGGGUUGGAGACCAUGA